UCUAUCUAUCUAUUCAGUCCAGAGGGUGGCGGUAAUGCACCGAAAAGCUGGUUUGCCAACCUCCAAUAACCACCAGAUGUAGCAGAACAGUAGAGGACAGCAAUGCGCCAUCGACGCGUCUAGUGUGUCCAAUCCAAAGAAGAAGAAGAAGACGUUAACCAAUCAAAUCCAACUGGCGGGAUUUGAAAAACGGCGGAGAAAGCCUCUUCUGGUGUGCGUAACAACAGUUUCAUAGGCAUAUCCGCAUAUCUAGUUUAUUCUAAACUAACUAAUGAAUGAACAUUUUAAUGCGGCGACUGAACUUGAAAAAUGACAGAAGAGUCCGCUGUUAAAGUUUGUGUUCGCGUGCGUCCGCUUAUUGCGAGGGAAGAAAGUACAGCAUCAGGGAAUGCAGAGCCUGUCCAGCUGUUUUGGAAAACUGAUAAAAAAUCAAUUCAUCAGAUCGAUGAUGGGAAUUCCACCAAGACCUUCAGUUUUGAUCGAGUAUUCACAGCUGAAGAAACAACCAAUCAGCUGUACCAGGACAUUGCAAAGCCCCUGGUUGUUUCCACUGUUGAGGGAUACAAUGGAACCAUAUUUGCUUACGGGCAGACUUCUUCUGGAAAGACCUUUACCAUGAUGGGGAGUGACCAGAUACCUGGUGUGACACCGCUGGCUAUGGAAGAUGUUUUCCAAACCAUUAAAAAUUGUCCAAAAAAGGAGUUCCUCCUCAGGGUGUCUUACAUGGAAAUCUACAAUGAGACUGUGACUGAUCUGCUUGUUGACAGCUGGAAGCGAAAACCACUGGAAGUCAGAGAGACAAUCAAUAAAAACAUCUAUGUGGCUGACCUGUCUGAGGAGCUGGUUACAUCUCCUGCACAAGCCCUAGCCUGGAUUUGGAAAGGAGAAAAGAACCGCCACUACGGUAAAACAAAAAUGAACCAGCGGAGCAGUCGCUCACACACUAUUUUCCGAAUGAUCCUUGAAAGCAGAGAAAGGACUGACCUAGCAUCAGGUGAAAAUGCGGAUGGUGCAAUUAUUGUGUCUCAUUUGAAUUUAGUUGAUCUUGCUGGAUCUGAGAGAGCAAGUCAAACGGGGGCUGAAGGCACACGUUUCAAAGAAGGUUGCAACAUCAAUCGCAGUCUGUUUACUCUUGGCCAAGUGAUUAAGAAAGUGACAGAAGAAAGCCAGAAGGGUUUCACGAACUACAGAGACAGUAAGCUAACCCGCAUCCUGCAAAACUCCUUGGGUGGGAACGCCAAAACGGUCAUCAUCUGUACCAUCACUCCUGUCACUCUAGAUGAGACCCUCAGCACUUUACAGUUUGCCAGCACUGCAAAGAAAAUGAAGAACGACCCCCAUGUGACAGAGGUGUCUGAUGACGGAGCUCUGCUCAAAAGGUACCGGAAUGAAAUUGUUGACCUGAAGCGACGACUUCACGAGGUAUCUUCAGAGACACAGACUACAGUGACUGAGAAGGAGGUUCUAUCCCAGCUCCUCCAAGAAAAAGAUCAUCUCCAGAGAGAACAAGAGGACAGAAUCCGAAACUUGACCAAACUCCUUGUCACCAGCUCCAACCUGGUUCCUGUUAAAAAGAUGCCUAAGCGCAGAGUUACAUGGGGAGGAAAGAUGCUCAGACUUGCAACUUCAUCUGCCUGUGGUGGCUCAUCUAACCUGAGCUUUGCAGAAGCUUUCACUCGUAAAAGGAAAGCUGAUCGCUCCUGUCUGAUGGAGCUGACUGAAGAUGACGAGGAAUUUGAUGCUCACUGGGAGAUUCCUGAUGAGCCAUCAGAUGACAUGGAAAUGAGUCAUAGCUCAGUGACUGUGCAAAGCUUUGGAGACAGUCCCAAAGACUAUACCUCUCCAGACUGGAUGCAUGCCCUUUCAGGGAAAGUGUCCAACCUGGAGCUGCAGCUGGAAAUGGAGAGUCAACAGAAAGAGGAGGCCAUGACGAAAGUAGAAAAAUUUGAAGGAAGAGUUGCAGAGCUGGAGCUGCAACUACAAACAGAGGCCCAGCAGAAACAGGAAGCCUUGGAGAAAGUACAGACAACCGAAAAGAGGGCAGCAGAGCUAGAGCAGCAGCAACAAAGCAAAGCGCUGGAGGCCACGGAGAAGGUGCUGAUGUUGGAAUUGAGAGUGGCAGACCUGGAGAGACAGCUUGAAGAACAGAACCACGGUCAGACUGCAAAUGAACAGAUUAGAAAAGAGUUUGCAGAAACCAUCCAGCUGUGUGAAACUCUUGCUUCAGAGAAGGACAUGGUGGUCGCUGAACGUGACUAUCUGAAGGAGGAGCUUGGGAUGUUCAUCGAGCAGACUGAACAUCUGGAGAAUGAUAAAGCUGCUCUGUCGCAGGAGCUGGAGGAAAAGAGAGAGACGGAUGAGUUCAAAUCUCUGGAGGAAGAGUUCAAGAAGGAGCAGGAGCUCGAGGUGCAAAAUGAAAUAUCUAGCUAUAAAAAGGUCAUAGAAUCAACUAAAGUCAAGUGCCAGGAGCUUCAGAACAAGGUAGAUACUCUGUCUGAGGAGAUACAGAAGAAAACUGAAUCAGCAGAGCAACUUCAGAGAAUGAGCGGAGAGGAUCUUGUGCAGGAGUUGGCAAAGCUUCGUCGCUCUCUGGAUGAUGCGGAGGGAGUCAGCAGAGAUACAAAGAAGGAAUGGGCUGUCCUGCGCAGCCAAAACAUUGCUUUGGAGGAGAUGAAAGUGACCCUGACUUUGAACCUUGAGAAGAUGGAAGCUCAGGUUAACAGCCUGCGUUCUCACCUUGAAAUUGAGAAGUCGCGCUACAGAAAGAUGGAGAGUGAUCUCCAAAAAGAGCUUACUGUUACAUUUGAUGAGAACAACAAGCUCACUGAUCUGCUUGAUGGCAAAGUCCCAAAAGAUUUUCUGUCUCCAGAUCUGAUAGACCGUGUGGAAUUUGAGAGAAAAGUGGCCACUCUGAGUGAAGAGCUUACAGCAUCUCGUAAAGCAGAGGGAUCUCUCAGAGCUCAGCUGGAGGAGCUGGCUUCAUGUCCAACUCAAGAGCAGUUGGAGGAGAGUGACCAACAAAGAGCAUUACUGGUAGAAAGACUGAAUGAGAUGCAGCAGUUGAUAAAGCAUUUGGAGAAGAAGCUUGCUGACAGUGAGGUUUCCAGAACCUCAAUGGAGGAAAUCGGCAAAGAACUUCAAGAACAAAAGCAGCAGACUAAAGUGCUUCAAUAUGUGCGAGCUGAGAAAGAAGCUCUCCUGUCUGAGCAGAAAGCUGAAGCUCAGAGCUCUGCAGAAGAGAUGGACCAGCUGCUCUCUACACUAACGUCCGUGACUGCAGAGAGAGACCAGCUCAAGAUGGACCUGCAGGAAAAUGUGGAGAUGACGAUUGAAAAUCAGGAGGAGCUGAGAACUGCUCUGGAGAAGAACCGAGAACAGAAGGAGCUGCUCAGUCAUUUGGAGACUUUACAAACAACCAAAGAGGAUGGAGCUCUCUCUGAGAUGAGUGCACAGCUGGAGGCACGUCAAAAACAUUUGGAGGAGAGUGACCAGCAAAGAGCAUUACUGGUAGAAAGACUGAAUGAGAUGCAGCAGCUGAUGAAGCAUUACGAGAAGAAGCUUGCUGACAGUGAGGUUUCCAGAACCUCAAAGGAGGAAAUCGGCAAAGAACUUCAAGAACAACAGAAGCAGCAGACUAAAGUGCUUCAAUAUGUGCGAGCUGAGAAAGAAGCUCUCCUGUCUGAGCAGAAAGCUGAAGCUCAGAGCUCUGCAGAAGAGAUGGACCAGCUGCUCUCUACACUAACGUCCGUGACUGCAGAGAGAGACCAGCUCAAGAUGGACCUGCAGGAAAAUGUGGAGAUGACGAUUGAAAAUCAGGAGGAGCUGAGAACUGCUCUGGAGAAGAACCGAGAACAGAAGGAGCUGCUCAGUCAUUUGGAGACUUUACAAACAACCAAAGAGGAUGGAGCUCUCUCUGAGAUGAGUGCACAGCUGGAGGCGCGUCAAAAACAUAUAAAGACUCUUACGGAGCAAGUAGAGAAUGCUGAAAAAGAAAGGAAAGCCUUGUUGUUUGAGAGGAAGGACAGCUUUCCGAGCUCCUCGGAAGAGAAGGAGAAGCUGCUGUGCAGGGUGAUGUCGGUCUCCGAGGAGAGUGAUCAGCUGCAGGAGACACUGCAGGAACUGAGGCAGGAGAAACAGCAGCUGAGAGCAGAGCUGGGGGACAAGAUGGAUGCACUUCAGUGUGAGAUAAAUACCUUAACAAAGAAACUGGAAAGUACUGAAACAGAGAGAGACAGUCUGCUCUGUGAGAAGGACGCCAGCUUUCAGAGCUCCUCUGUGGAGAAGGAGAAGCUGAUGUGCAGGGUGACAUCUCUCUGUGAGGAGAGGGACCAGCUGCAGGAGACACUGCAGGAGCUGAGGCAGGAGAAGCAGCAGUUCAGAGCAGAGCUGGAGGACAAGAUGGAGACACUUCAGUGUGAGAUGAAGACCUUAACAGAGAAACUGGAAAGUACUGAAACAGAGAGAGACAGUCUGCUCUGUGAGAAGGAAGCCAGCUUUCAGAGCUCCUCUGAGGAGAAGGAGAAACUGCUUUGCAGGGUGACAUCUCUCUGUGAGGAGAGGGACCAGCUGCAGGAGACACUGCAGGAGCUGAGGCAGCAGAAGCAGCAGCUCAAAGCAGAGCUGGAGGACCAGAUGGAGACACUUCAGUGUGAGAUGAAGACCUUAACAGAGAGAGACAGUCUGCUCUGUGAGAAGGAAGCCAGCUUUCAGAGCUCCUCUGUGGAGAAGGAGAAGCUGAUGUGCAGGGUGACAUCUCUCUGUGAGGAGAGGGACCAGCUGAAGGAGACACUGCAGGAGCUGAGACAGGAGAAGCAGCAGUUCAGAGCAGAGCUGGAGGACCAGAUGGAGACACUUCAGUGUGAGAUGAAGACCUUAACAGAGAAACUGGAAAGUACUGAAACAGAGAGAGACAGUCUGCUCUGUGGGAAGGAAGCCAGCUUUCAGAGCUCCUCUGAGGAGAAGGAAAGGCUGCUGUGUAGGGUGAUGACUCUCUGUGAGGAGAGGGACCAGCUGCAGGAAACACUGCAGGAACUGAGACAGGAGAAGCAGCAGCUCAGAGCAGAACUGGAGGACAAGAUGGAGACCCUGCAGUGUGAGGUGAAGACUUUAACAGAGAAACUGGAAAGCACUGAAAGAGAGCAAGACAGUCUGCACUGUGAGAAGGAAGCCAGCUUUCAGAGCUCCUCUGAGGAGAAGGAGAAACUGCUUUGCAGGGUGACAUCUCUCUGUGAGGAGAGGGACCAGCUGCAGGAGACACUGCAGGAACUGAGGCAGGAGAAGCAGCAGCUCAGAGCAGAGCUGGAGGACAAGAUGGAGACACUUCAGUGUGAGGUGAAGACUUUAAAAGAGAAAAUGAAAAGCACUCAAACAGAGAGGGACAAUCUGCUCUGUGAGAAGGAAGCCAGCUUUCAGAGCUCCUCUGACGAGAAGGUGCUCUGCAGGGUCACUUCUCUCUGUGAGGAGAGGGAUCAGCUGCAGGAGACACUGCAGGAACUGAGGCAGGAGAACCAGCAGCUGAGAGCAGAGCUGGAAGACAAGAUGACAACAAUGCAGUGUGAGGUCAAGACUUUAACAGAGAAAGUGAAAAGCACUGAUAAGAAGAGAGACAGUCUGCUCUGUGAGAAGGAAGCCAGCUUUCAGAUCUCCUCUGAGGAGAAGGAGAAGCUGAUCUGCAGGGUCACGUCUCUCUGUGAGGAGAGGGAUCAGCUUCAGGAGACACUGCAGGAACUGAGACAGGAGAAGCAGCAGCUCAGAACAGAGCUGGAGGACAAGAUGAAGACACUGCAGUGUGAGUUGCUCAGUGAAGAUCGAGGCUCCACUGGAGUCGACGUGACGGUGUCAUCAAGGUUGAACGACUCCACCAGGCAGCUUCAGGAGACCUUCAGAGGAUUCCAGCACUUUAUAGACACGUGUUCCAAAUACAUCUCCACACCCAUGGACAAGGUUUUGAGGGUGCAGAGUGCCUUGAACCAUGGUUAUCUGACCUCUCUUCCAAAAGCCACCAUGAGCGCCUACACUGCCAUAUGUCAGCUAGGACUUGAAACGGUUCAGACUCUGGGAAACAUUGUAGUGUGCCUACAGGUGAAGGCCCAGGAUUGCCGGAAUCGGUUUGAGGAGUUGGUGAAGAAAGACUUGUCUGUUUUUGAGGAAAGGCGGCUGCAGGAUGUGCUGAUGUGCAGAGUGCAGGCACCCAUUCUCUCUGUCAAAGACGAGGACUUCCAUACUGUGUGGGAACACAGACUGGCUGAUCUACUGGACAAGCGGCAGCUCUACCAGCAGAAAAUGUCCAUCAUUUUGGAGAAGUUCUUGGACAAUGUGGCUUCUCAUCCCAAUGAGUUGUCAGCGGAGAUCACAGAGAGGGAGAGGUUCAAGGAGCAGCUACAGGGCGCAAUAAGCGCCCAGCCAAUCAGCUUCAGUGAGCUCGACAGCAUCCUUAGCUGUGAGCUGAACCGCAGAGCUGCCCUGGCCCACAGCAAGAAGAUGAUCCUGCAGGGCAUCACUGCUGAACAGAGUGUUCUGAGUGAAGAGCUGAAGCUGCUGGAGGCUCAGGCUCGUUUUCAGCUCAGAGAGGAGAAAAGCAAAAGUUCCACUCUGCUGCAGGCGAUUGAGGGAGCUCCUCUGAAAUCAGAGAUCUCCUUGCUGAAGGACAACCAGAACCUUCUUACUCAACUCAUGCAAACUGAAGAAAAAGUCAAAGCUCUGCAUGUACAAAAUGAGCAGCUGGAGGAGGCUCAGAUCAAGGCCAAAAACGGGCUGUCCAGCCAUAAGCAGGCCACUCAGCUUCUGCAGACAGAGCUGCAGGACAGCUGUGCGCAAACCGAUGAGAAAGAGAAGACGAUCCAAACGCUCAGGGGCAAACUGCAAGAGUCUGAGAAAAGAGCGUCACCCAGUGCUGCUGAGCUGGAAAAUCUCCAGACUAAACUGUUCAAAAUGGAGGUGGAGUUGAGUUCAGCAUCUGAUAAACACCAACAAGAGAUCCAGAGAAUGAGUACAGUGCUGAACGUGAAGGAAGAAUCAUUAAGGAAUCUGAAGGAGGCGUUGAGGAGGAUACAACAGCAGGGAGAGGAGUCAUUCUUGCAGGGUGAGGACCUUCACACUAAACUGACCAACCCCAGAGGUUUGGUGAUCAAGAGCAGCAUUCUGCUGGACAAGGCCAAACUUGAGAAGGAAGUCAAACAGCUUUGCCUUAAAAUAACGGAGCUGGAAUGCUUGGUGUCCACUCAGCAGACAGAGAUUAGCAAGUGGAAGAGCCGAGCCAUCAAUCUGAAGGCAAAGAGCAAAGUUGAAGUGGACAAGCCUUCAUCGCCCUGCACUACUACCAAGAGGGGCCCACAAGAGACCUCAGACUCCUCCAGCUUCCUCAGCUCACCUAAGAAGUUUCUGGUUACUUCUAGGAAGAUCCUAGACUCUCCUAGGAAGGUGAUGGACUUUCCAAAGGUCUAUCAGCUCGACUCCCCUAAAAGCAGAUUCUUUGAUGUGGGUGGGAGCUCGGACCUGCUGUCCAGAACCUGUCCCAAGCAAUUCUUUGAUAACUCCAGCCUUGGCACCAUUCCAGAGGUUUCCCAUGUUCCUGAUACUCCAGACGCAGAGAGGGAUGCAGCUGCAGGUCUCGAUGCAGCCAGAAAGGACGAGUGGUGGCCUCAGUCUCCAAAACAAGAGGACAUGUGUAAAACACAGUAAAAUCACUUGUAAUAUUUUAAAAGCCUACGUGUUAGUCAUAAUUUCUGUUUUGUGUAUUGCUUUUGUUUUUGUCUUUUUUCAAUUUAGAUAAUAAAGGUUAGUAAUACUUAAUAACCAA